AUGCAGCUCUGGUCUCACAAGGCGAAACCAGACGCCCUAAACCAAUCAGACGAACAGCGCUGUCAGCAGCCCUCGUUGCGCGAGAUGCUCGACAGCAAGAACGUGCCAAAAGCAGCUGGACAUGAACCCGGGGAAUCUUCAAGCCCGAUACCGAUAAUUCUAUGCGGUAAGACGGAAGAGAUUGGUCGCGGGGUGAUUGAGGGCCUGAAGCCGGAAUAUGAAGUCAUCCACUUCAUCACUUCCCCCGCCUCCGGAGCCGUCAUCAUACCAGCCCUUUUGGCGUCCAAAACCACCACAUUGCCGCAGCACCCGGACACGAGCACAAUCGGCAGCGGGAACUACGCCUCUCCCCCGCGCGCCGUGGUCCUUGGCGGCGCAUUCGACGAGGAGGCGGUAAAGAUGCUCCAGAAAGCCGUCGCUGAGCAAGGGACUGCGUCGAGGAAGAUUCCCUGGCUGAGGCAUGACGGGAGUAAAGCCGCGCCGCCUCCGGGGCCCGAGUACGGCAAAGCCAUGGUCGCUAGAGUUAGGGAGAGGUUGGGGUUGUUGGAGGGGGAGGGGAAGUUGGAUGGGGAGUAUGGAGGUGAUGAGUGGUAUUGA